CAUUUGCUUUCUUUCUUUCUUUCUUUAUUUUUCCUUUUUUCAUAUAAAAAUAUUUUUAAGGGGAGAGGGGGUGUGUGAUAUUGUGAAUUAUAAACAUUUGCCGUCUCUUCCUCUGCCUAAUAAUCCUAUCUUCUCUUUAGAGCUAUUCCUCUUCUCUCCGCAACCAAGCGUCUCUCCGUUAGGCACAUUGUGUUGAGUGGUUAAGAAAGUCUCGAUGCAAGGAGAAAGGGCCAGUCUGGGCUAUUUUUCAGAGGCCUUGAAUUUUGAGCAUGGUUCAACCUCAAGUAACGGUGCGAUAGACCACUGGGAGAAUAUUCACGGUCUUGGUGAUAACGACUUGCAGGACUACAUGAUUGCAAAUUCUGAAUCACUCGCAAACUCAGUUUAUCCCACCGAGCAACAUAGGUUUAGCCUCGGCGAGGAGGAGGCUAGCUCUAGUGGUGGUGGCACGAAGAACAACGAAGCUUCCAGUCAUAAUAACGAAAUAAUUGAUCUAGACUCUGAUUCUGAACAACCUUCUGGCGAAGACAUUCAACCUGUUCAGAAUGUCAACCUGAAUGCAGAGUAUAUCGAACUCGACGAGGAUGUUGAUCUGGUCCAAGGGAAUAACAGUGUUAGAACAGGUUCUUCUGUUGAUGGGCGUCGUGCUUCCUGCAAGAGGAAGGCUAUUGAAGGCAGUAGUAGUGGUCAAUCUUCUCUAGGUGGUUACCACCACGGAGAAAGCAGUUCGUGGACCCCAGCUUCUACCGAGUAUAGUAGGCCUGGAAAUGGUCUAAACAUAUCUGGCUCUUCAAAUUUUCUUAGUGUCAGGAGUAAUCAUCCCUCAGAACAUCAAGAAACUGUAAACCCAGCUGCCUUUUCUGCGGGAACUAUUGUCAGGCGACUACCUGUCCCUCCAUCGCAGUCUAACCUAUCAAGACUUGUGCCAGAAGAUCCUUUGGAGUUGAGACAUGGACAAUCUUUAGGUAAUGUCUUCUCCCGGAACCCAGACAUGAGUAAUAUGCUACCACCGUUUCAGUGGACCGAGAGCUCACCAGCGGUUGAAUCAUCCAGCUCUACUGAGAGAAAUCUUCAUCUAGAUGAAAACAGGUCAACAAGUGUUGUAGAGAAUGCCUUGUUUAAUCCAGCUCCUGACCUCAGGAGUGCAUCCGGAAGUCUGAGUAUUGCAUCAUCAUCAUCAUCAGUUUCCAGGACAGGCUCAAGCACAGGUGUUCAACAAGCACCAUCUUCUAAUCUAGCGUGGACGCCUCACCGGAGUUUACCGCAUCACCAAAGAAGAAGAUCGGAACUUGCUCAUAGGUCAUUGAUUUCUUCCCUUUCUUCAGAUGCUACAAACCAGAGAUCUGGUCGUUCGUUGGCUCCUCCUCCUGCCCCUCAGGAUGGGCUUGUGCUUCAGCCUGGUGGUGAUAAUAGCCAGAUGCAUAAUCGAGGAGCGUAUUCGAGAGCAGGUCUGUGGCUUGAUAGACAAGUGGAUAGUUUGGUGGGGGCUCCUCAAUCUUUAAGGGCCUUGGCAGCUGCAAGCAGGGGAAGAAACAGACUUAUGGUAUCCCAGAUGCAGAAUAUCUUGGAUGUCAUGCGGAGGGAUCCGAAUCAUAACUUGAGGCUUGAGGACGUUAUGCUUCUAAACCAGUCAGGGAUAUUUGAUGGGGCUGGUGGUGGUAUGCAUGACCGAUAUAGAGACAUGCGGCUUGAUGUAGACAACAUGUCAUAUGAGGAACUGCUGGCACUAGAAGAGCGGAUUGGAGAUGUUUGUACGGGUGUAAACGAAGAAACCAUAUCAAACCGGUUGAAGCAGAGUAAAUACAAAAGCAGCACAAAAUCUCCACAAGAUGCAGAGCCAUGCUGUAUUUGUCAGGAGGAAUACACUGAGGGAGAAGACAUGGGGACUUUAGAAUGUGGGCAUGAAUUCCAUAGCCAAUGCAUAAAAGAAUGGCUGAAACAGAAGAAUCUCUGCCCAAUUUGCAAGACGACAGGCUUGAACACUGCCAAGAAGCGGAAAAUAGGAUGAAUCAUAGCUCCUUUUUUUCCUUUUCUUUUUGUAUUUGUUUUCUACAAUUCAACUUAUGAACAAAAAAAUGAAAGAAACAAAAAAAAAGACACCCUCAAGCUCCCACCAUUGCAUUGCAGAGCCUCUCAGCGGAGAUUCCUCCACAGGCAAGUUGGUCCGUUUUGUUUGUUCUAGUAUUAUAGUCUGAGUAUGCAUUAUAUGAUUUGGCUGGUACAAAGGUUUGUGAUUGAAGGGAGAGAGAGAGAGAGGGUGUUGGGCAAAUGUUGGGAGAAUGUAAUUGCUUUUCGUUUCUGAAUUGGUAUGAAUAAUUUAAUUUACUCAUUUGUCAAUUAAUAUUUUAUGUAACCAUUGAAAGAAGCAGGAAGUCGAGAUUUCCUUUGGAUAAUGAUUAUAUUGAAAGCUUAUGGUCU